AUGGUAAUAUUACGAGAUAUAAGGUCAGAGUUCUACGGAGAAGUUGUUGGAAACAGAGUUCUUGUAUGUGUUUAUCCUGAUGUUGAUGGUUUGUGUACAUGGAGGGUUUUGAAGGAACUUUUCAAACAUCGAAAUGUGCUUUACACGCUUGUGAUUGUAAAGGAUAAGGGAGAUUUAAAAGAGACUUAUUCAAAAAAUCGUGACUUUUUCCAGGCGGCAGUGUUUAUAAAUUGUGGGGCAAACUUCGAUGUUGUUGGUAACUUAGAUCCUCAAGAGGAAUGCAUCUUCUAUGUUUGCGACAGCCACCGUCCGAUCCAUAUUAAUAACUUCUAUAACCAACGUCAGAUUAAACUCUUAUGUCUUAAUGAAGACACCACGCUAGUGCCAAAAUUCGAAGACGUGUUUCGGGAGUUCUCGAGCGAUGAGUCAGAUGAGGAUUCUGAGGAGCAACAGAACAGAAGAUUGCAACCCGAUGAUAUCGAAAAAAGAAUAGAAAAAAGGAAAUGGAAUAGAAAAAGACAAGAACUUUUAAUGGAUUAUGAGAGCUUUUCCUACCAUAGUGUUGCUUCGUCUGUAGUCAUGUUUGACUUAGCCUGGAAGCUCUCCCAGGAAAACAACUGCUUAUUAUGGUAUGCGAUAGUAGGUCAAACCUCUCAACUAAUCACUCAUGCAAUAAAUCGAGAACAUUAUAUUGACCAACUAGACUAUCUUCAAAGCCAUAUGAGUCGUUUAAGUCAUAUUGGUCAAAUUCAUUCUGGAACAAGUACAAGUGAUGAAAAUAAAGCAAGAAUCGAAAUUUUAUUUGAAGAUGAAUUAUCUCUAUGGCUUUAUAGACAUUGGAGUUUAAAACAAGCAAUGGAGACCAGUAUGGUAACAGCAUCCAAAUUCAAACUAUUUACUGAAGGAGGACAGCGACGUAUGUAUGAAUUUCUUGUACAGUUGGGAUUGCCACGACGUGAAUGUGCACAGUUAUAUUCUUCUAUGAAUAGUAGUUUGCGUGAUAGUUUAAAUGCACAAUUUUUGCAAUAUGGUGAAAAAUAUGGUCUUUCACGAACUGAUCUAUUUUUACCAUCUUUCAUUGUUCAUUUGGGAUAUCGAACACCUAUGUCGGCAGUCGAUGCUGUUUUCCUAACUAUAUCCGCUUUAGAGUGCUAUAAUAGCGGUAAUCCGGUAGAAAACUUUCAAACGGCAUUGGACACAGUAGCUUGUUGGAAUUCACCUUCAUUAGAUCAAGAGAUAAAACAAACAGAAAUCCAUCUUCAGAGUUUAGCUAACCAAGUUCGUAAUCUUUUAGAUACAGAUGAUGUGGUCGCGUUUGGUCCAUUUUUAUAUGUAUAUAUUAGAAAAAGCUCUUUGGUGACACAUGCACUGAGGAAUAGUCAGUCUUUAGCAAUUUUAUCAAAAUAUAUUCUUAUGGCAAAAGCAUCAAUGAGGGCUAAAUUGGGUCAUGGUAGAAGAGUAGUUCAAAUGCCUUUAAUUGUAUGUGUAGAUAGCAAAUCAGAUGAUAAUUAUAUUUCACUUUUGGGAAUUCCACCAAUUCAUGGAGACGAUGACCGGAAUUUAUUUGGUCAAGCUUUUGAAGCUGCUAUUAAUCGCACUAAAGCACGUGCUGAGUUCAAAUAUUUCAGUACAAAUUGCAUUGAACUUCAUAGAGAAGAUAUGUUAAAACUAUUUGAAGCACUAUCAUCUCUACUUACUUAG